AUCCUGUCCAACAACCCCCAACCAGCUUUAUCCUUUCAUUUCCCCAUCCUCGUCCUUCUCCGCCAAAACUCUCUUCAAAUCCAACCCCUACACCAAACAAUGGCCCUCCAAUCACAACACCCCCUUCUCCUCGCAACUGCCAUAGCGCACGCCUUCCUCGCUCUAGGCCACACGAGCAAGGGAUUGGAGCAAUUCAAGCAUCCGUCGCUGAACACGCUUCCCGCUACGCUGCGUGGUGCCGUGCAGAUUGGCUGGUUCGAGGGAAGCGGAUUUUUCCUCUUGAUGAGUAUCCUGAACUAUAAGUGGGCGCAAGUCGGGCUCUUGGAUGUAUACGACAAGAGCAUUGCUGCACUGCUGGUCAGCCUCCUUGUUGGCGCAGGAGCGAGCUAUAUCAAGAGCGGCGACAAGUCUACUGCGGGUGUGCUGAUCGUAGUCGGUAUUUUGCAGAGCUUGGGUAUCAAGAGUGGAGCGUCAUUGUGAUUGUGAUGAUGCAGAGACAGGGAGCGUGAGAACAUAUGAGCGUCAGUGUUACUCGAGACUUUGAGAUCACAGGCAAGCAUGGAAUAAAUUGCACUGAAUGCACUGUCAUGAGAUUCAAUGCUAGUUGACCGUAUCUACAGACGUGGGGUGCUACAAUGCUGCGUCGAAGCAGCAUCAUAGAAACCCAUGGCCAUGUCCAUCAAGUCUGCAGCUGCAGACAC